UCCUUACGGACAAUAGUUCUUUGCCGCAAGUCCUAACAAUAGAGAUGGUGUUUUAAUUUAGAUUUGCUGCUGGUUAAUUUUCAAAAGUCUUUUGUCUCAUUUUCAGCAAUAUUUUAUUGCUCUCAUUAACAGAAGGAUAAUGGGUCAAAAAAUCCGAAGAAACUUCUUAAUUCUGGUCAUUUUCGGCUUUAUCGGUUAUGGCACCGCGCAAGAACUACCCCAGAAUAAUCAAGAGCCUGCUCAGAGAAGUCUACGGAGUCAACUUGAACCAGUUUACCGAUUCGUAGAAUCAUUCUCAAACCCCGAGUCUUUUUCGCGAAUUUUCAAUGACAUCGCCACUUGGUACAGACAACAGUUGGCACCGUCCAUUGCCAAUGGUGGCAACUCACUACUGUCUUUCCUACCCUCGGUUGGAGGCAAAAACCGGGGUUCUGAAAGAAGUCAGUGGAAUCCCUUUGGGAUGAUGGAAUCUCAAAGUUCCGGCGCAAAUGAUGAUAUUGAUCUCAUCCCGGAAAUCGAUACGACACACUUAGACGCGUUCAUUCGAAGAUUGGUCGAUUCCUUACUCCCGAGGCCGAGCCCCCAGCAACUCGCUUCCCUCACAGCACAACAACUUACAACAACAAAGAAACCUAUCGCACCGAUGGAUCAUAAUAAUAUAGGCCGACGGCGUUUCCACGCAGCCACGCAUAAUCGCCAAUCGUGAUGUCUCUUCUGCCGGCAUGGUAACCUGUGAUAUACCACUCUGAGAGGGUAGAAAUAAAAUUGUAAAGUUUUAAUUUAACGAGUUUGUUCUAUUU